UAUUGCUUUGUCAAUAAUUAAAGUGAUCCAUAUUUCUCUCUCAAAACCAAUCACAUUAUUUUGUACAAGGUCGCAUUUGCCACUUCUAAGCACGAGAAGAAACUUCAGCAUGAGUUCUAAUCUGUGUUGCCAUUUUCUCAUUAUUCUUCUACUUGUUCUAGCAAUUUUCGUGCAGCUCGGAACUUCUCGCUCAAAGGUGGAAGUGCUUCCCGGCUUUGAAGGACCUCUUCCUUUCGAACUGGAAACUGGUUAUGUGGGAUUGGGAGAAAGAGAUGAUGACAUGCAAGUCUUUUAUUACUUUCUCAAGUCAGAGAACGAUUCUCAAAAAGACCCUCUUAUGCUUUGGUUGUCAGGGGGCCCUGGUUGCUCUUCAUUAUCGGGUCUUCUCUGUCAAAUAGCUUCAGCCGCUGCAACAUAUUCUGCCUCUACGGUUGAUUGUGUAACUGUUGCUUGCUUUUUUGAUGCCCAAGAAAAUAUUCCUGAUCCAAGUGAGAAGUGGCUGAUUGAUCACCCGGAAUUUCUUUUAAAUGAAUUUUACAUCGGAGGUGAUUCAUAUUCUGGCAUACCUGUCCCUGGUAUUGUUCAAGAAAUUUCAAAUGGAAAUGAAAUAGGUCUACAACCACAGAUAAAUCUCCAGGGAUAUCUAUUAGGGAACCCAGUAACAACAGGAAAAGAAAAUAAUUAUCAAAUCUCAUUUGCUCAUGGAAUGGGACUUAUUUCAGAUGAACUCUAUGCGUCACUGCAGAGAAAUUGUAAAGGAGAGUAUAUCGAUAUUGAUUCCAGAAACGAAUUGUGUUUAAGAGAUAUGAACUACUUUGAAGAGUGCCUUUCAGAAAUUGAUAUGGGAAACAUUUUGGAACACUGCUGCAAAGUUGAUUUGCCUAAGAAACAUGAAGCUCCGUGGAGGAGAUAUCUGUAUCAAAAGUUUGAGGCCUCUCUUAAUUCUUAUUAUACGAGAGAGCCAAACUUAUGCUGCAAUAUUUUUAGUGACUUCAUUUCCGCUCAAUGGGCCAAUGAUGAGAGUGUUCGCAAGUCGCUGCAUACUCGAGAGGGAACUAUAGGCAAAUGGGAACGCUGUUACAAAACUGAUUUUAAGUUUCAGAUCUCUAGUAGCUUCGACAUUCAUGUAAAUCUUAGUGCAAAAGGAUACCGUUCAUUAAUAUACAGCGGAGAUCAUGAUGCAGUUGUUCCUUUCAUAUCGACCCAAGCGUGGAUUAGGGCUCUAAACUACUCCAUUGUGGAAGAUUGGAGGCCAUGGCUUAUAGAAGAUCAUGCAUCAGAAUCAGACCUUUACUCGUACACUUGCAUGUGUUGGUCCAAGUGGGAAAAUCGUGGGUCCCCUGAAGCAUAUGGGACCAUGAGUUUGACCCAAAAUUUAUCUGCAUUGAGAAAAUACCGAAUGAUCUUAUAUUGGUAUAUAGUGUACGGGACAUCAUUAAUGCUAGAAAAGGAGAUGCACCUUCGUCAAUCCCAUUUUACCUAAUUAUAUAAAAUUUCUAUAUUAUUCCUAAUUGUCAGCCCAACCCAUAUAAUAGAAGACGAAAUUGUUGGGUUAAUUAAUUAAGAUAUUGUGAUCCAAUUAUUUAAAUAAUUGUAAUUAAUAUCUUAUCAUAUCUUUUAGACAU